CAGACAUUUCUUCCAUCUCCCUGGGCUUGACAAACCCAAGUCACAUUCCUGGGCAACUUCUGGAGCGGAGAUAUCUGCUCCAGAAUCGGAGGGGGACCACUCCAGGAUCGACCGAGCCGAUACCGGAGAUCGCCGAGGAUGCCCCUUGCCGACCACCUGCUCCUCGUCCUCGUCGGACUACUGGCCCUUUCUCACAAUGGCCAGAGUCAUACGGAUGAGCACCAACAGAAGGAUCCGGGCACAGGCGAGGGCUCCCCCAGCCUCCAGAUCGCCCCGAGCAACACAGACUUUGCCCUCAGCUUCUACCACCUGGUAGCUUCCCAAAGCCCCAAGAGCAACAUCUUCUUCUCCCCACUGAGCAUCUCUGCCGCCUACGCCAUGCUGUCCCUGGGGGCCCGUGCAGACACCUGGGCCCAGAUCCUCGAGGGUCUGGGCUUCAACCUCACGGAGGUGUCGGAGUCUGACAUCCACCAGGGCUUCCAGCACCUGCUGCGCACUCUCAACCUCCCGGACGACAAGCUGGAGACCCGCGUGGGCAGCGCCCUGUUCCUGGGCCAGGACCUACAGCCCCUUCCAAGAUUCCUUAAUGACACCACGGCCUUCUACGGGUCCAAAGUCUUUCACACCAACUUCCUUGACCCUGAGGGCACAACCCAGCUCAUCAACGACCACGUCAGGGAGGAGACUCGAGGGAAGAUCGAAAACGUGGUCAGCGGGCUCACCCCUGAGGACGUGCUGGUGAUGGUGAAUUACAUUUACUUCAAAGGUCUGUGGGAAAAACCAUUUAGCCACUCCAAGAACUACCCCCAAGAUUUCUACGUGGAUGAGAAGACAGUGGUCAAGGUGCCCAUGAUGUUUCAAGACAAGAACUACCACUGGUACAUUCACGAUAGGUACCUGCCCUGCUCGGUGCUCAGGAUGGAUUACCAUGGCAACGCCAGGGCCCUUUUCAUCCUCCCUGACAAAGGGAAAAUGAAGCAGGUGGAAGAGGUUUUGACGCCAGAGAUGCUAAGCAGGUGGAACAGCUUGCUCCAGAAGAGGUCUUUUUACAGGAAGCUCGAGUUGUAUUUCCCCAAGUUCUCCAUUUCUGGCUCCUAUGACUUAGAUGAGAUUCUGCCCCAGCUGGGCAUCAGGGACCUGUUUUCGAGGGAGGCAAACCUCUCCGGCAUCACCGCACAGCAGGACAUGCUGGUGUCCAAGAGUUUCCACAAGGCUUUCCUGGAAGUGGAUGAAGCUGGCACCCAGGCUGCAGCUGCCACCAGACUCUCCACCACCUUCCUCUCCGUCCCCCACAAUCGCUACAUCCUUCGGUUCAACCGGCCCUUCUUUGUGGUGAUCUUGUCCACCAAUACCCAGAGCAUCCUCUUUCUGGGCAAGGUGGUCAACCCCAUGGAAUCAUAGCCCGCCCAGAGCUGCUGGUGCAGGAGCUGUGUGGCUGGGCACAGCUCCACAUCUGGGCUGGGGGUGCAGAAGUUGCCAAGAGACCAGGCAGAAGCUGUUGGUGACGGGAGGGAUGGGGGCGGUUGGUACCAGCUGAGUGUGGACUGGACACUUGGCUCCCCAGGGCUGUGCAAUGUUGGGCCCAUCAUGUGAUCUCUCUGAGCGAGUUUCCACCCUGGAGAGCAGGAGAUGCCCUCCCAGGGUGGUCGUGUGAAUUAAACUGAUGGCUGUGAGAAGCCCGGUUCUGCGCCUCA